CAGGGUGUCAACCCACUAAACCCCUAUAGUAUAAAAUGAAGCAUGCGGAGCUUGUUCGGCCUUUGCUCUGCAUCUUACCAGAGGAAAGAGGAGCCUUUUGUUCCUGAUUAAACUUUGCUACGUGGUGCCACCCUGAUCGAACCCUGACUGAGCACGUGCCUCUAACUGCCUAACAAGAAACAUGACGGCCAUCAACGCACCUCAGGACAAAUACAAAUUAGUAUGGAUCAUUUUCUUCAUCCUGGGCUUGGGAACCCUCUUACCGUGGAAUUUCUUCAUGACGGCAACAAUGUACUUCACGAGCAGGCUGAAGGAUGCUGAUCCCACUGAGCCUGCUCAGUCACAAAAUGAGACCAUGGAGGGUGGAGAUACUCGCAAUGUGCUGGAGUCUAAGUUUAACAACGUGAUGACGCUCUGCGCCAUGGUGCCUCUGCUUAUUUUCACCUGCCUCAACUCCUUCCUGCACCAGAGGAUUCCUCAGAAGCUUCGGAUCACUGGCAGCCUGGGGGUCAUCCUGGUGGUUUUCCUGUUGACGGCAGUGCUCGUCAAGGUGGACAUGGCCCCACUGCCCUUCUUCACCCUCACUAUGAUCAAAAUCAUCUGCAUCAACUCGUUCGGGGCGAUUCUUCAGGGCAGUCUGUUCGGGCUGGCAGGGAUCCUGCCUGCCUCUUACACCACUCCUAUCAUGAGCGGACAGGGGCUGGCCGGCACCUUCGCUGCUUUCUCCAUGAUCUGCGCACUGGCCAGUGGAUCGGCCCUGCAGGACAGCGCCUUUGGUUACUUCAUCACAGCCUGUGUUGUUAUUCUGUUGGCCAUCAUGUCCUACCUCGCUCUGCCCAGGAUGGAGUUUUUCCAGUACUACAUGGAGAGUAACAGAUCCAGACCCUCUGCUGACGCGGAGAACAAGAUGGACUUACUCAAUAAAGACGGUGCGGGAGAGAAGCGGCCAGUGGUGAGUCUGGUGGAGGACGAGGCCAAACCCACCGUGUCUGUGUUAAACAUCUUCAAACAGAUCUGGGUGAUGGCUCUGUCAGUGUGCUUCAUCUUCACCGUCACCAUUGGAACAUUCCCAGCCGUAACAGUAGAGGUCAAGUCAACAGUAGCAGAUGGAGGCGCCUGGGAAACUUACUUCAUCCCCGUAUCAUGUUUCCUCCUCUUCAACUUGAUGGACUGGGCUGGCAGGAGUCUGACGGCCGUCUGUAUGUGGCCGGGUAAAGACAGUAUUUGGCUUCCUGUCCUGGUGGGCCUACGGGUCGUCUUCAUCCCCCUCUUCAUGCUGUGUAACGUUCAGCCUCGUCACUACCUCCCUGUGCUGUUCGCCCACGACGCCUGGUACAUCAUCUUCAUGAUCUUCUUCUCCUUCUCCAACGGAUACUUGGCCAGUCUCUGCAUGUGCUUCGGACCCAAGAAGGUGGCACCGCAUGAGGCGGAGACAGCGGGGGCCAUCAUGGCCUUCUUCUUGUCCCUCGGCUUGGCGCUGGGCGCCGCAGUCUCAUUUGCCUUCCGGGCCAUGAUCUAAAACUCCAGUAGACCCUUCAGUAGACUAGACGACCCGGUCCUCCAACACUCUGCCUGUCUUCACCCGUCAUGGGAGAGCCUCACUUCUCUACAACAAUCUCUGACUGAGCAGAGACAGCACAGAAGACUAGAGGACUUCAGUCUUCUCAGAUGUACAGUCGAGACUCGUCUCAUCCAGCCGUCUCGGCAACAAUAUAAGCUGAAACAUGUUACUGAAUAUUUGUUUUCCUUCAAACUGCAGCAGUGCAGUGUCUGAACUCGAUGCCAUUGAUCAAACAGGUUGUUUCUCUGAGAUGAAUUGAAAGGUGCAGAGUGCAACUGGACGAGCAACUCGAAACCAAAAGUGUUUAAAAUCAGUUGUAGUGGACUUCAGAAAUUCUUCAAGGCGCAUUUUUUCCCCAGAUAUCACAAAUUUUGAUCCAGGCAGUGUUAAUGAAGACGGCCGAACACACCGGAGCUCAGAGCCUCACUUAUAAAACAUUCUUUUUCACUAAAUGAUACAAAAAAGAUGAUAAAAUGUUAAAAUGCAGAAAUGUUUUUAUGUUAUGUAAAGUUCUUACGCUUAAUUUGAAACAGUCACAUUGUUUGGAAAUCAUAAGUUAUGACGGUGUGUAAAUAAAGUCUUGACACAUUUUUAUAAAUGAGGCUCUUAGACUCUGGUGUUCAGCUCCUCUACAUUAACCACUAAAUUUAAUCAUCAGUUAAAUAGACAUGUUUUGUUUUUUUAAUGACUUGAGUCUGGACUGCUGCAGCUCUUUAACUCUGAUCAAACCAAAUACAUGACGACAACAUGGGAAACUGAUGAACUUUGAAGGGAGGUCACGAUCCAUCAGACGGACGAUAAAUGUGCCGUGUGUAAACCGAUUUGCUCCCUCGCCCUGCGUUCAGUGUCGACUCUUGGUCACUUUGUGUUUGCAGAUGUCCUCAUGACAAAUCAGUACAUUUUUAAAUAAUGUAAGGACGGACUGAAUCCUAAAGACGAGGUUUUAAUCAAUAAUCUGGGCCACUAACCGCAGAAUAUUUGUUGUCUUAGAGAGUGGUGUUUGUUUGUAGUUUUAGAUGAAGUUGUACCGACGUGGGUCUGUUUGGUUUAUCUGAAAAUGUCCUUCAGUUUGACUUCAGCAAACAGAAACCGAGGUCUCAUUUUCAGCCCACACGUUUUUACAGUUACUGUGUCUUCCUGAUCAGCAGAUUUUAUCACAAUGUAUUUUUUUGAACGCAGCAAAAAGAAGAAGCCGUCAGGGACAAGAAAUGUGCCAUUUGUGUGUGAGAUUAGGAGACUUUUUUUAAUCAUUGGCUCUGUGGAGCCUGUGACAUUUCUCAUUUAAAGGUGUUCUCAUGGAGGAUUAGUUUUAUAUCACAGGUAGUUUUUAGUAUGUUUUUUUUGUUUAUGAAUGGGGAGGAGAUUAAUGAAAGGCCCCGGUGCCUGUCAGUGUGAUAUUUUUGUGGCCUUUUUUGUUUUUUAAGUCUGCUUUACACAUCAUUAUUGUUAUUAUUAUUGUUAUUAUUAACACCAGCUGUGCACAUCCUAACUACCUGUUUGUUUAAAAGCACAGCGUUGGUCCUGUCUUCCGCACUUUGUGUAUUGGUUGGUAUGGGAGUCACGGACCAUUAAAAUGUUACUUAUAUUUCAGCUUCAAACUGUUCAGUGAUGAAAUAAAACUGUAUUUUUAAGAA